UGGAUCGACGAUGAACCCUAAUUCACGGUCGGACCAAGAGGCCAUGGACGAGGCCUUGGCUUGGGCUCUGCAGUUCGAUGACUCCUACAUAGCCGUCGAGGACGAUGCUGCCAUUGCUAGACGGAUUCAACAAGAAGAAGAUGCUCGUGUAAAAAAUAUUGAUGAAGAGUUGGCAAGAAAAUUACAAUCCAUGGAAGAUGAUCGUAUAAAAAAUGUGGAUGAAGAGCUGGCAAGAAAAUUACAAUCCAUGGAAGAUCAAGUCCCUCCAAAUUCUAUAAGCGAAGACGAAGCAUACGCCAGAUUGUUACAAGCGCAGGGAUCGGAAUCAGACGACAUAGCCCAUAGAUUCCAAGGCCUAGAAGUGAGUCCGGCUUCAAAUCUUGACAUUCCCUCGACAAGUAGUGCAACGCAUGUGCCGCAUGACCAUGGAAAUAGUUCCAUAGUUUCACCAUCAGACAGUUCCCACUCUGCUCCCGCUCCUCCGGACGAAAUCGAUCCCGACAAUAUGACUUACGAGGAAUUGAAUGAGCUGGAAGAAUCGAUAGGGGACGUAAGCAAUGGAUUGAGAAAGAAGGAAAUCUCGCGAUUGCCAUCUUCUAAGUUCGGUUCCGAAACAUCUCAGAGGAAAGACGAGAUGUGUUCGAUUUGCCACACCGAGUACAAAAGUGGGGAUACUAUAAAGACCUUGCCGUGUGGUCACGCCUACCACGAGCAUUGCAUCGCGGAAUGGCUGGCGAAGAAAAAGAUAUGCUGCGUAUGCAAAGCGGAGGUGAAGCCUAGACGAUAACGCGAGCUGCUGCUGCAUUUUAUUUUAAAAUCUA